AUGGCGAAGCACAGCUCUGUCAUCCGGCCAGAGGUUAGAGAGAGACAGAAGAUGCCAGCAUCUCAGAAUUCAAGAAAGCACCCAACCGGUGGUCGCCGUUCCGACUUGAAAGAGGUUUCUGAGUGGUGUCAGAAGCACACCAUGGAUCCCACGAGUGGGAGGGUGCAUCGCCGUGAGGAGACCAGGAGCGAGAUCCUUGAUGAACCUGUGGUGUCAGUUCAUGAAGAUGAAGAAGAAAUUGAUGACGACAUGAGGCAUUUCAAAGAGACGAUCGAGAACUGGAACCUUCACACGGAGACUUUCCCGCUCCCCAUCCAGCCUGUGUGCCCGACUCUACGGCCCGUGGAGGAGAGAAACGAAGAUGACGAACCAUUCAUCAUGUUCAGCCAUGACAUUUUGGUCUACUGCUAUGAUGCCCCGGAGCUGACUUAUGACGAGCACUUCAGCAAAGCGCUUCCGGAUCCCUGGCGACUGCAGUUCUGGGUGCGAGGGAGAAACGAGUCCAUCGCACUUCGGGGUUUGCAUGACCAACCCGUAACAACUGGCUACAUGUUGGAGACUCCGACUCAGCCUUCCAAGAAGUGUGAAGACUGGAUGAGAGGUGGCUACUCCAUUUCGGGCUUCGCGAGUCCAUGGGCGCAAUUCGUCGUCACGCACUCGGUUGACACCACGGUGAUCUGGCGGCUCGAUCGUCUGUGGCAGCUUGGAGAAGCAGCUGCUCGGGGCUGCAAGCAAGAUCCCCAAACACCCCUGGACAUCCGCCAGACGAGCGAAAGUCCGUCGCAGCUGUCGGAAUGCAGAGCAGAGCUCUGGCUGAAGAACUCGGGAGGUAUGUACCCCAUGCGGCGGGACGAAGCCGCAGCAUGCUUCGCCAUCGUGGGGGAGUACUUGCCGGGGCGUCGACAUCCAGGAUACCGCCCUGACGAUUUCAACGGAGGGGUUGUCCUGAAGAUAGACAGCAGUGGCCUGCUGGUACUUACAGUGGCUCGCGGCCCCGAUAUUCAUGUCUAUGCCAUCAGCCCCAACCGCCUGGAUGUCCUGCCGGUGUCGGUCGUUGACACAGUCACCUUCAGCCUCGACUCUCCUCUGGAGUUGGUUUUUCCAGACGGCAGCUUUCUUCGCGGACUGUCGGCAAGAUUGGAGGCCGAGGGUGCAGGGUCGACCUACACGGAAAACGAUGUGCAGGAGAGCAAAGAAUCUCCUUCAAGGUCGAAAUCACCACGUGCAGCAUCAAUUGCCCACGCUCCGCCCAGCUCGGCACAAGUCGCUCCUUCGGAUCCUGGGCCAAAGCCCAAGACUCGCAGCCAGCACCAGGUAUGCACACCACGUGGUACCAACUUCCAGAGUCCCAAUGCCGGAAGAGGGAGCUUGGCCCGUCAAGCCUCGUCACGCAGUGCGGAGAUUCCUGCAGCUGGCCGCGUGCAGGUCUCACGCGUGGGGGUUCGUCCAGGGUACCAAAGAGAUGGUCGGCUUGCCGUUGCCGAUCGGAUCUCGGACAAGCAGCGGCAACUUGCUAGCCAAAGGAACAGCAGCAAGACCCCAUCGAGUACGAGACCUGUAUCGACUCUGGUUCGAGCUCGUUCCAAUUCGCCGCGAGGGCUUGGUGGAGAAACUCCCCGCAAGAGCACUGGGCCUGCGGCAAGUCACGGCAGAAUCCGGGACGUAGUUCGAAGCAAGCGCUUAAUCACAAGCCUCUCGAGUGGCAGUCCCACAAGCCCGACAAGCCCAACGAAAACAGAGAGUCGAGAUGUGAAGGCGGCAACUUCGGAAGGAGUCCGAUUGCGCAGCCGAUCAGUCUCCUCUGACAGCGUUGACCGCGGCCGGGGCGUGUCCAAGAAGCCCGUGGAAACGCCUUCACGGGCAAAGUCCAUCGAGCCCAUAGGCGCAAAUCGUAUAAGUACAUCCGACACGAGCAGCUAUGUGCCUUCCCAGCAGACAUCCCACCAUGCAGUGCCAACAGUGCCAGUAUCAAGGCUUCACACUCCGGGCAUUCCAUCCCAGAGAUUGACCGUUGCAACACCGAGCGGCCGCUGGAACUCAGUUGCGGUGCAAGUGAACCAGCAACGGCUUCAAGGUCUCUCGUCGUGGCCAAGUGUUUGGGUACCACCAGUGGUCCCAGCGGCGCAAGCAGUGGUCCCAGUGCCGGGUCAUGUGCCAGCCUCAAUGGCAACGGUCAGCCGCAGUUUAGUGGGGCAUCACUUGGAGCAGUCAAGGUCAGGCCUUGCUACGGCGGCACCUCCAGGUCACUCCGCCACCACAAGUCAUUCCAGAUUGGUCUCAUGGGGUCGCUGGCCUGUCUCACGCUGA